ACCAGGUGGCUGCACCGGCGGCCAUAUUUGUUUUGUCUUGCGAAAGGAAAGCGGCCCUUUGAGCCCUUCUUUGGCCGCUCUGCCCUCGUUUUCGGCCCACGAAUUCGCCACGGUUCGAGUGGCCGUCGGCCUGUGUCCACGCACCGCGGCCUUCCGGGGCCCGCAUGUCCACGAGAAUCGAUCCGGCGGCCGCGAACCGAGGGCCAGGGGGGAACUCGAGUGCCGAGGCUUAUCAGGAGCCGCCGCCGCAGCAACUCGGCCAGCAGUACUACAACCAGUACUACGACCACCACGGCCAAAAUCAGCCACAUCACGCCAAUGGCUCGCCAUAUCAGAAUUAUGACCACCGGCAAAUGAACUACAAUAAUUAUCACCAUCAGCAACAACAACAAUAUCAACACCAAUGGUGUCCACCUCGUCCUUAUUACAGCAGUCAGGAGUAUCCAGCACCUUUUCCGCAACACUCGCCACACCAGCAGCAACAGUUCUACCAGCAGCCCGAGCGGCCUCCGUGGCCGCCUGUUGAACGGCCACCGCAAGCUCCUCCUCUGGACAGUCUGCAGAUGCUGGUGAAGGAGAACGGAGGUGUGAACGGCGACAAGCGGCCGCGGCCGUCCGACGAGGCGGCCGAGGGCGAAGGCCGCAAGAGGCGCCGCAAGUCGGACCGGCCGACCCGCAUCAGCAAUGGCAGCGCCCAGGCGGCCGAAUCUUCGGCGGCCAGUGCGGCCCCCGAAGAGCUCAAACCGUGCGAAAGGGAGGAGGUCCCUGUCGAGGAAGAGGAGCCGCCGCCUCCGAUAAUAGUGGCCAACGGGGGUGGCGAUGAGGCGGCCGAGGCCAGCGACCGCUCCACGCCCAGACUGGAAAUCCGCACUGACGAGUCCAAUGAAGCACCUCCUAGUCAGGGAGAACCCAGUGAAUCUCAGCAAACGCCUACAAAACCAGCAGAAGAGUCUCCACAUGAUAAAAGCGAAGCAGCCUCCACAGAAGCCACUCCGGCUCAGUCCCCUAAAAAGAAAGGCCGGCCCAAAGGCUCGAAGAACAAGAACCCUAGUGUCAGGCGCAAAGUCAAACAACCCGAGAUGGUCCUGGAGGAUGAUGACGACGAAAAGAAAAAGAAGAAGAAAAAGUCGGGCAAGAAGAAAAAAAUUGUGGCGACGGCAGCUGUGAAGACGACGGUCGAACCUGUUGAGGAAAAGGAGAAGCAACUUAUUAAGGGCCCUGUGAUCAGGAUCUCGGGCAACAGGGAAACUGUGGUCAACUCAGGCAAGUCCGAGGAGGAGUUGGGCAAGAAGCCUCGAUCCUGCAUCAACGACGCCGAACUCAGGACCAAGGUUGCUGGAAUGGGAUUCACCUCAGCAAUGGCUCAACACUACGACGCUUUUACUCUCGACGAAACCUGGAUCUGCGCUUUUUGCAAACAAGGCUCGCAUCAGAACGCACUGGGCGACCUCUUCGGGCCCUAUUUUGUCCAAACGGCCAAGAAGAAGAAAAAGUUUGAGGUGUGGGUGCACGAAUCGUGUUGCGUCUGGGCCCCGGGCGUUGGUCUCGUCGGACAAAGACUCGUUGGUCUGCAAGAGGCGAUUUUCUCAUCGGCAGACAAGGAAUGUGAGGUGUGCAAGAAGAAAGGUGCGAUGAUAGGGUGCGUAAAAAGGGGGUGUGAGAGGAAGAUCCACUACCCCUGCAGUGAUGACUGGCACUUGGACAGUGAGAAUUUCAUUUCGUGUUGUCCUGACCACGAGAGGAUUCGGCGCGACCCGGAACUAUUGAGGCAGAAGUGACGUCACAGGUUUCUGAUGACGGCCAUCGUGAACUGUUUGGUGGUGGCCUGGCCGCCGAGGUCUUUGGUGCGCACCUUGCCCGCCUUGAGGACCAUUUCGACCGCAUUCCUCACCAAGUCCCCAUAAUACUGCAGAUUGACGUGCGAAAGCAAAUUGGCCGACGCCAGCAGCAUGGCUGUCGGGUUGGCCACGUUUUUGCCCACGGCCUCUCCGUAUGUGUGUCGCGCCCCCUGCCGACAAAAAAAUUACAAACAUUGAAGUGGCAAAAAAAAGGGAGGAGUUUCUCACAGGUUCGAAGAGGACGCAUUUUGAGCUGAAACUGGCCCCGGCCACAAGUCCGGCGCCUCCGACCAAUCCCGCAGCCAAGUUGGUGAUGAUGUUGCCGUACAAAUUAGGCAUGACGCAAACGUCAAAUUGGCGCGGGUUCGACACAAACUGCAUCGUGCAGUUGUCCACAAUCAUCGACUCGAAUUGGAUCUUCGGAUAGAGCUCGGCGAUCUGCAACCAAAAGAAGAAAAAAGAACAGUUCAUGAUUUUUGUUUAAAUUCUGUGAGUGGCAGUCGGCAUUUAUAUAUAAUCACAGACUUGAUUAAAUCGACUUGUGUUUCUUUCUCAAAUAAUUAUGUAUUUUGAUUGA